UAGACGAGAGUCCAUGAUUCUCAGAAUUAAGAUUCGCGAAGCUUAUUCUAAAACAUUAAGAGACAUUGUCGCAUUUCUCUUGAUUUACUUACCUCCAAAAUGACAAAAUACGACAAGCAAGGUGUUCCUAACCUAAGUUUUCAUAAUCCGAUGCGAAUAACUCUUUACCCAGAAGGUUUGUACACGUACGCGAUGGGAAACACACCAGCCCGAGAUAUAACGGAGCUGUUGGGCUCAUCGAUAGAACAACAUGUAUACGUGUUGCUCUUAGCAUGCGGUGAUGUUAGAAAUUUCCUAUGCAGUUUGUCUGAGUUAUCUCUAAGAAAACCACGUGAACGUCCUAAGAGUUUAAGUUUCCAUUUGAAUGAUUAUGAUCCAUCAGUGAUAGCACGCGAUGCUGUGCUCCUAGAGGUCGCUAGUGUGAUAAAUCCUGAUGUCCCUGCUGAUGUAGACUUCUUGUGGAACAUUUGGUAUAACCUAGCACUGUCGGUGGCCGACUUUGAUCGACUGCGAAAAUUACUCACUGAACUGUUAGAGAAGAAAUUUGACAGCGACGAUAGUAUCUUAAAGUUUCGGGAGGACGGCGUUCUCCAGGAAUGUCGAGAUAUAUGGAAAGACUGGAGAGAUCUCGAUCUCGAAGUGAAAAGUGUAAAAGAGGAGAGAAACAACCUGAUAGAGGACGCGAAAAAAAGUUUAGGGUUCUUUGAAGAUUCUCAUUGCCAGUCUACACUAACUCAUAUGGUGAUGGCAAUCUAUGAAGAGGAACUAGACAAUUUUGUGAAACCUGCAGCGACAAAUCCACUCUACACGGAAAUACAACACUGGUAUAGAGAAGGUUGUACGAAUGAUGAGUCGGAGAAAACAAAUCCGACAUUGGUUCGUCCAUUUGUUCACAAGUGGAGACAGCAUUAUGGUUCCUGUGCGUUUGAGGGUUAUCCACCACUGGAAAGGAAAGACCUCGAACAAGGUAAAUCAUGUGCUGAGGUUUGCAAGGAAAAGCUGGCAGUCUGGAUAAAAAGACUUCAGGAGCAUUAUGAAAAUCACCAAAACAAUCUGAAGGUUACCCUGUGGACAGGCGAUGGACUUACUUUGUGUACAAGUGGUUUUCCGCCAGAAGUGUUGUUCGACGUAAUCGAUACAAGUAAUCUCAGCGAUCACAUUGGUUUGUUGAAUGUCCUCGUCUGCUGUUCCCCAAGGUUAAAGGUGCCAAAUGUUUCCCUGCUGUUCACAUCAAGCAUGUUAUGGAGCCAUGCAUGGGACAGUAUAGAGGAGUAUUACAACAAAUGUGUUGGUGUUCCGUUGCAACUUCUCCCAACAGUUCUCGGUUUGAAGCUGGCUAUUGAUCUCGAAUUGGGAAGCAAAAAACUUCCGGACAAAUUGGACUCUACUGAGGAGACUCUUUGCUGGGUGAAGGCGGACCCUAAAAGGACUUUAUUGACUAUAGAUAAAGCCACUGACGUUGUCCAAGCGCUACUGCGUCUCACAGAGCGUUGCUUCAAUCUAGCGAAUGAGAUCAUUCAUUACACUGGCGUCACUUCACCUUCGCCUCUGACCUUGCUUCGAAUUAUACAUCAGGCACAACCACUCUUCAAGGGAGGAGGUCAUAUCAAUUUUAAAGUUAGCUGUUAGCCUGCAGCGUAUGCAUGUUCAUGCUGUUCGAGCACUAAAAAGCGGAUUGAUCAGUCCUGCUGUACAAAGGAAACCCUAAAAAAAACAACUCGAGUUCCAACUUAAUUCUCUCAGUGAGUUGGCACGUAGAGUGAUAAAGCUCGCUCUGCAAGGAAAACUGCUUGCACUGCCGGAAAGUUUACAUAUUUCUAAUAAACCAAUUGUUCCAUAAUUAUUUUCUAAAAUUGUUUGAAUCAUUUCUAUUAAGAUUAUCUUAAUUGUAAUCAACAUCGCCCGGCCUUGGUUUUUAACAUAACAAGAAUUGAGGACCUUCCUCAAUUCAUAGGCUGUUCCUAAUAUACUGCACUUUGUGUUCACAAGUUUUUAGGUGAGUAAGGGAAGAUAAAUUGCCCUCACAUUUUAUCUACAUUUGUCUCAACAACAGAGAACGGACAGAGUAAAUCUGAACAAUUUUGUAUUGGGAAAUUCAAGGGGAAGAAGAAUGGAUGUAAUCUCCUAGUUUUAUGGGAAGGAAAUAUUGACGAGCAAUUUGGGUUGGUUAUUUGCGUUUUAGCCGCCAAGAUAAUUGACGUUCUUGAACAAGAGCUACCAGCUGAAUUUAAGAGGAAGUACGGACUAUCCUGGAGUUUGAUAAAGGCGUC